AUGGUAGAGGCAUUUGUUGGUCCCCGUUCUACCAGCAUUUCGCCAUACACUGAAAGUUUGCAGAUGCAUGUUCUUUCAAAACUCACGUCGAAGCUACCGACCCAAUCGAUUGAUGUGAAUCAACUAUCAUUUCCGAACGACAUCACUCUGGCGGACCCUCAGUUCUUCAAACCUGGUGCCAUCGAUAUUAUAAUAGGACACUAUUACGAUCUUUUAGACAACGGCAGAAUCAAAUUAUCGGAAAAUGGUCCCAUACUCCAGAAGACCGUUUUCGGCUGGGUUGUCUCAGGUCGCAUGUCAGAGAAAAGCGUGGAUAAUCGCAAAACGGUGUCUCAUCCUUGUUCGAAUGUCGAACUACGCGAAUUACUGACAAAUUUCUGGGAGUUAGAAUCAUGCAAAAGCACAAGCAUCUUUUCUGUUGAGGAAACCAUGUGCGAGGAGAUUUACGAUUGCACAACCGUUCGUGAUGUUGAUGGAAAAUUCAUCGUUACUCUUCCCAAGAAAGAGCACAUAAUCAGGCAGUUGGGAGAUUCACAUGAUAUCGCAUUGAGGAGGUUCCAUGGUAUCGAAAAGCGUUUUGCAGCAGACAAUAAUUUGAAGACUCAAUAUACCGAAUUCAUCGAAGAAUACUUGGCAAUGGGACAUAUGAUAGAAGCGCCUGACGAAGAUUCCAGACAGCCUUUGUACCAUUUACCGCAUCAUGCUAUCAUAAAACCCGACAGCACCACGACCAAGCUACGGGUCGUAUUCGACGCUUCCUGUCGCACUUCAACAGGAGUCUCGCUAAACGACGGACUCAUGGUUGGACCAGUUGUGCAGGAGGAUUUACUCUCCAUCGUAUUACGAUUUCGAUUCCGAAGGUUCGCUAUCAUAGCCGAUAUUGCGAAAAUGUAUCGCAUGGUGAAGUUGAAUUCAGCAGAUCAGCCACUCCAGCGCAUUCUCUGGAGAAAUUCUGCCAACGAACCGGUAACCACCUUCCAGCUGACGACAGUCACAUAUGGCACAACCUCCGCACCAUACCUGGCGACGAAGUGCAUUCAACGGUUGGCGAAUGAUGCAAAACACACACAUCCUUUAGCAGCAGAGGUGGCUCGGAAUGAUUUUUAUGUAGAUGAUCUUCUGAGUGGUACAGACAGCAUCGAAACUGGAAAGCAACUUGUCUGCCAACUCAUCGAUAUGUUCAACUCUGCCGGAUUCAGUUUGAGAAAGUGGAGCUCUAACAAUUUGGAGCUUAUCGAUGAUGUUCCUUCAGAACUUCGCGAUAAUCGCUCAACCUUUGAGAUUGAUUCAUCGUCUACUGUGAAAACCCUAGGGCUUAUUUGGGAACCAUCCGUCGAUAAAUUCAAUUACGCCAUACCUCGUUGGAGCUCUGAACCUACAAUCACCAAGAGAAGAGUUGUUUUGGGAGACAUAGCUCGCAUUUUUGACCCACUUGGUCUCAUCGGUCCUGUAGUGGUACUGGCGAAAAUAUUUUUACAAGAGCUGUGGAAACUAAAGGGUGAUUGGGAUGAGCCAUUAUCCGUCAGUCAUCAGGAGUUCUGGUUAACGUACCGCAGAAAUUUAACUGCCCUCGAGUCACUCAAGGUUCCUCGAUGGAUUGGAUUUACCAGUGAUGCGAGCCACGUGGAAGUCCACGGCUUCUGUGACGCAUCAGAAGCAGCGUAUGGUGCGUGUCUAUAUUUACGCUGCACCUCACUUGAUGGAUCAGUUAGCGUUCGUCUCAUCACGGCCAAAUCAAAAGUUGCGCCAAUAGAAGAUAUCAAUCGAAAAAAGAAAAAACAAACCAUCCCACGUUUAGAACUAUCAUCCGCUUUAUUGCUGAGCCAUUUAUACGAGAAGGUUCGCAAAAGUAUACAAAUCCCGUCCCAUGCAUAUUUUUGGACCGAUUCGAUGAUAGUGAAGUGCUGGUUAUCAUCGCUUCCGUCUCGUUGGCAAAUCUUCGUAGCCAAUCGAGUUUCGGAGAUACAGCAUAUCACGAAGGACGGAUGCUGGAAUCAUAUAGCUGGCGAAAAUAAUCCCGCCGACAUCAUCUCACGCGGAAUGAUUCCCGCUCAAUUACAAUACCAAUCUGGUUUGAAGGUCCACUUUGGCUGCGCUUCGAUCGAUCCUUGUGGCCGAUAUCUACUGACACCAUGUCAGAAGGAGAUGAAGCUCUAUUGGAGGAAAGGUCUACCACGACUCUCGCUACUCACAAUCAAUCUACGAACGAGUUGA